CCAGUUCUUCCAGUACGACCAACAUUGCUCUGUCCUCAGAUACGGUCGACACGUUGUCCAAUUCGCCGAUGGAGAUUGUAGAGAAGCCCCACAGUAAAGUCAUCUUACCCUGCGAACUGGAAGGAAAUUACUCGAGAUUAUUGCAGCCAGGAGCAAGAAGUUACAGAAUACGACCGGCGACGUGGCUGCACGAGGGUAGUCCGGUGGAUAUGAUCACGAUAGACACGAGAACGGAAAUGAGCGGAACCGGGCACCGGUACAUCGGCGACUCGACGACCGCGGCGUUGCACAUAGAUAACGUCAGAUUAGAGGACGACGGUGUCUGGAGCUGCACGCUGGAAGAUGAUCGAGGAAAGAUUCUCAACGGCAGACCAGUGAAGCUGAUCGUGCUCGAGGCACCUCGUGGGACGUAUCUGCUGAUAGAUGGCCGCCGGCUGGAUCCAGGAAACCAGUUUGUGCCGGUGAAGGAAGGCUCGGAGCUCACUCUUGAAUGCGCGGCCGAGGGUGGAAAUCCACCGCCCAUCUUGGCGUGGGGCAUGACCUUGUCUCAAGCCACUUUAGAUGGCCCAGAACAACCACCGGACAACCUCACCGUAUUGCCCUCAACAUCCGGCAGGCGCAGCGGAGCUUACCUUAAGGUCUUGAGGGGACAUCACAAUGCCACUAUCGUUUGUGUCGCACGUCAUAUUACGUUGAUGAUGCCGAUGAACGCCAGCAUUCUGCUUGACGUCCAAUAUACUCCAUCGUUCGCGAUAACGCGUUUACCUGGUUUUGGAAUUCCGAUCGUCGAGGGGAUGUCUGUCAGCCUGAAAUGCGAGGUAGACAGCAAUCCAGCCAGUACUCCAAUUUGGCAACGUGACAAUGGACCGCCUCCCGUGGAGCAGAGCGAUGACGGAUGGUUGAACUUCACAAAAAUCACUCGUGCCGAGAGCGGCUGGUACAAGUGCUAUACGCGGCAUAUGCUCGGCAUUUUCACCAGCAUCGGAUAUUUUCUCAACGUUCGCUAUGAUCCAGAUAUGGAGACCGAGGCGGAGGCGCUGAACGGCGAGGCGACCGAUUCCCGUAGGAUGGAAGUGCAGAUCGGCGGUGCCGUGACCCUCGAGUGUGACGGUGGUUGUUGGGGCCAUGGGGCUGGAAUGGACCCGGCGGGAGGGCCCGGGCCUCUCGCUCUGAGUCGAGUGGUGUACCAGGAAGCCGGGGAAUAUCGAUGCGUCGCACCCGAUCGAAAAAUGCAGGACACGUGGCGAGCUCAGUUACCCUAUCACAUCAAGGUUACCGGGCGACCCAUGGUUCAUCCGCCGAGUCAGUCAGUGACGGCGAACGAGGGCGAGCCUCUGGACAUCGUCGUCGAGUUUUGUGCCCGGCCGAGCUACACAAAGGUUUUCUGGAUAUCGGAGGAGCAUGUGUACACGCCGGACGCACCCUCCCGUGAUGGAGUUCGAGCCCUCGCAAUCGAGGAUGGCGGCACCGAGUCAUGUUACAGGACGAUCCUGCACUUCGAGACGAUCCAGUGGUCCCACUCGGGAGAAUGGUUGCUCCUGGUCCGUUCGUCGGAAGGGAUUGCCGAUGCUUCCGUUCUACUCAACGUGACGCGCGCUUCCGGUUACAGCCAUGCCCACAUCCGAUCGGCGAGUAUCACGUACCUUCUGCUCUGUCUGACCCUGCAGGCGAUCCUGCGGGAACAUCGUCGCUGAAACGACGAUCCGAUAGAAAUUUAAGCGGAAGAAACCUUGGCGAAACUUCUAGGCGACUGGAAAGGCUCGUAUGUCGGCCUUUCCCACUGACGAAGGGGAAAAAAAAGGGAGUUUUUUUCUGUACAUAACGUCGAAAUUCUUUCUCGAAGAAUUUCCCCCGCGCGAUCCUCGCGUCAACGCACAAUUUGCCCGAAGUGCUACGACGCAACACUUGCGUGUGUCUCCGGCAUCGCGUGAAUACUAUGAAAUUCGGAUGAAAGUUCUACUGACGCGCCUUCGGCGCGGAUUACUACGGCCUUGAUGUUUCUCGAAUCUCGGUAGCGAGUCCUCUUGUUCUAUUCUCGAACACGUUUCUGCGAGAAUCGCACUUAUGAAAUGUACGAUCGCGCAUGCGAGAAUAUUUUACGGGCUCCGCUACCGCCGCCGUGCGAAAUCUUCGGCAAAUUUGCGUCCGCACAAACAAGUCCCCGUGCGAUCGAAAUAUAAUUUAAAACCCGAUUUCUCUGGCCUUAUAUGUGAGUGAAUAGCGGAAGAGGAAGAGAGAGAGAAAGAGAAAGAAGAGAGAGAGAGAGAGAGAGAGA